CUCCAUUUUACUGGCGAGAUGGCCAAAUGCACUGGGCUGACUGACCUCCCCUUAGAGAUUAUCCUUAAAACCGCCAGGGAUCUGGACAUCACCAGUCUCAACUCGUUAUCGCAAACAACAAGAACAUUCCAUGCGAUCCUGUCAGCUCAUCUAUACACCUGCGGAGCGACACAAGUCGGAAAGUCAUCAACACCACUAAUAUGGGCAGUCGCAAAGGGCCGCAAUUCCGUCGUCGAAAAAUUGCUCGAGAAAGGGGUCGACCCAACAUCAAUCGCUAAUUCAACCACUGCGUUCCACAAGGCCGUCCGUUGCUUCAAGCACUAACCCUCUUACUACAAAAGGUACCUUGCCCAUCAACACGCAACACAUCUGGCAUGACAGCUCUCCACUACGCAGCUCGCGAGGACGCAGCCGAGUAUGCGCGGGCGAUACAGCAACUUCUAACCGCUGGCGCCGACGUCAAUGCACAAGACAAGGACGGCUGGACACCAUUGCACCUGGCCGCAUCGCACGAAUGCAGCGAGAUACACAGCGUCCUGAUAGAUGACGACGCAGACAUCGUCGCGCCAGAUAAAUUCAGACAAACGCCAUUGCAUUUCGCGGCAUCCGAACCCAACACAACGCUCUUCAGACGCCUGCUGAAGCUCUGCAUCUGCCGUGGACUGGAGUAUAUGACAGAGUCCAUCUUCGGGCUGCCGAUCAUCGAGGAGGCCGCCAAAGUCGGAUGCGUGCCUAUUCUCCGCAUGCUCGCCGACAGGGGCGUCGAUGUUGCGCGCAACGAUCCACUACCACACAAAGGCUCACCGAGGAGACUUCCCCCCCUCCACCUCGCCGUGAUAAACUCCUAUCCCGCAGCAAUGGACUACCUCCUCGCCCGCGGCGCGGAUCCUCUCACGCUGAGCAUCUACGGCCACUCCGCGGGAGACUGGGCCCUCCUCUACGGGGACAAGGACUUGCGCGAACGACUCCAGAGACGCCUACCUACCACUCAGAUCACCCGCACCCCCUACGGCGCCCGCACCGCACCCCUCCGAAGAAGCAUAGCUAACGCCACAAUCCUCCUCUCAUCGCAAACCAGCAUUUCCAUCGGAACGAACUUCUAUACACUCGGCAAAUGUCUGCAAUACCUCGACAACUUUGCUGAUGCAGCGGUUGCAUAUUCGCAGGAUCCAACGCCCGUCUGCUGUGACCGGUGCCAGAAGGAGAUUUCCCCAAGGGCGAGUCGGCAUGUUUGUGCCACGUGUCCAGAGAAUGAUCUGUGUUCGCCGUGUUUUGAUGCGUAUCAGCGGUGGAAAUUGAUGAUUCAGGGUUGUGGUAGGCAUAACUUUCCGAGGAUUGUUAUGGGUGAGCGGGUUAUUGGGGAGACAGGUGGGAAUCAGGACUAUGAUCGGGAUGGAGGUGGGCAGGAGGGAGGGAUGAUGGAGGAUGAUAGUGCUCUUACGCGUGUCUUGAACUCUGAGCAGCGGCACUGGCUUCAAACUCUUACACACCAGUACAGUCCAAAAUGA